UUUGCAUUGCUGCUCUUAAAUCAGCCACUAAAGCCAGAACUAGAAAUAUUCCAUCAACUUUGGUCAAAAGCCAUAUUUAAGGCUACAGUGGAUGGGGGAACCAAUGAGCUGUAUGACAACAUGGCUGAGCAGAGAGGCAAAUAUCUGCCAAAUCUCAUCACUGGAGACUUUGACUCAGCUAGGCAAGAGGUCUUACAGUUUUAUAAGGAAAAGGGAGUGGAAAUUGUGAAUACCCCAGACCAGGAUGAUACAGACUUUACAAAAUGUUUAAAGAUUAUAUUGGAAAAGAGGAAAACAUACCAGAUAGACUGUGUUGUUGCUUUAAGUGCUUUUGGAGGUCGACUGGACCAACAGUUUGCCAAUAUUAACACAUUAUUUACAGCUCACCAGCUUGCAGGAAGUAUACCAGUUUACCUCUUGUCCAGCCAGUCAAUGUCCUGCUUACUUCAGAAGGGCUGUCACAGAUUGAUGGUUGACUCUGGGAUGGAAGGUGAAAGUUGUGGUCUGGUUCCUAUUGGUGGUCAAUGUAACUCUAUUACUACAACAGGACUUAAAUGGAAUCUGGAAGGACAGUCCAUGUGUUUUGGAGGGUUAAUCAGUACAUCUAAUACAUGGAAUGGAGCAGAUAUUGUUACCGUGGAAACUGAUAGUCCUUUGUUAUGGAUGAUGAAUUUGAAAUCUAAUUCAGCAUCUUGAAUACAGUCAUAAGUCACUGUAAACUUCAGCAACAAAUAUUAGAUUUAAUAUUUUAUUCCAUAUUUAAUCAGAUUUUACAUUAACCCUGAAAGAUGUACAAUGUUUAUCUUUCACUAAGGUAUUUUACCAUUAGAAAUAAAUUUUAAAUGUAGAUAAUAUUCAUCUUUAUUUAACUUAGCUAAAUGUAGGAGUAAUUGUAUACUAAGAGCUGUUAUCAGAACUAAAUGUAGUAAUAGUCAGUAUCAUGUUUAUUUAUUGGUACUACAAGUUUAUAUUUUUUUUAAUUAUACACUGCGUGCUUCAGUAUUUUAACAAAGCAUGAAUAUUGUUUAUACCCACAAGCAUAUUAAUUUUACCAGUCAGUAAUUUUUCAUUUCAACAAAUAUGGAAUUUAUGCAGAGUAUACGUUUAAAAGGCUCAAUACUGCUUGGCAAUCAUAACUGAAAAGCAGCAUGCCUAAAAUCUCUUGUCUUUCUUGAGAAUAGUUGACAGUUGCAGAGAAAGGGGUUUUAAAUCACUUUCCUCUCACUGUGGGUUCCAAAAGUUUUGUUGCUUUGGGUGUAAAAUUCUUAUGUUUGAGGAGGCCAUUCUGCUGACUUAGGAUGGCUGAUGCCCAUAUUUGCCUGUAAUAAUGCUAAAUGGGGCACAUUGGGUCUUCUUCCACAGUUCAUGAUCAGAAGCUGAAAAGUCAGCAUAUGUCCGCAUAAUUUCAAUGUUAUAUUAAACCUAAACCCAUCCCCAUGCCCAAUCCCACUCCCGUAAAAAAGAGAAAGUUGGUUUUGAUACAGAAUCAAAGAGAAGAAAUUAAGAUAUUUGCUGUCUGAUCCCAGCCAGUAGCAAAGACACCUAAGUUAGAAAAACAAAAAGAAAGAACAUUUGGUCUUAUGAUUAUUGACAACAAGAUUAGUGAUAGCUGAUGCAAGUAACUUUCUGUAGAAAAACUUGAAUCCUGAAAAAAACAUGCAGAAAAGUUAUGAAUAAAUGAGAAUGUAUCUUUUUUGAGAGGGUAGGGGAUGACUGCUGAACUCUUGCAACUGACAUAAAUCAUAAGAAGAAGACAAACAGGAUAUUUCAUGAAUUUAGUUUUUAUGCCGCAGAAGAUGGGCAUAUUAAAAUUGCACUGUUGGUGAAUGAGUGUGUGUGUCCUUGUCUGGGCUGUAACUGCCAUCCAUAAAGGGAUUUUGAAAUAAUUUUGCAUAAACAUUCACCAAAAUGAGACGAUUUGUCAUGCUCAAGACCCAGAUCCCUAGCUCCAAGAACAAGGUCACACUAAGGUCUAAAGUUAACAGGGUCUGUUUCGUGUCCGGUCCACAACUUUGCCAUCAAUGAAGGAUUUUGAAAUAACUUGGCAUACAUAUUUACCAUAAUGAGAUGACAUGUCAUGCACAAGAUAUAGAGCCCUAGCUCCAAGGUCAAAGGUUAACAGGGUCUGUUUCGUGUCCGGUCCAUAGAUCUGCCAUUGAUGAAGGGAUUUUAAAAUUCCUUGGCAUAAAUUUUCCCCAUAAUGUGAUGAUGUGUCAAGCGCAAGAUCCGGACCACUAGUUGUAAGGUCAACGUCACACUUAAGAGGUUAAAGGCUAACAUGAUUCCUUUCUUGUCUGGUCCAUAACUCUGCCAUUUAUGAAGGGAUUUUAAAAUUACUUGGCAUUUUCACUACAUUUAGAUGACAUGACUUGUGCAAGACCCAGGCCCCUAGCUCCAAGGCCAAAGUUACACUUAGAAGUCAAUGGUUAACAGUGUCUGUUUUGUGUCCGGUCCAUAACUCUGCUAUUGAUGAAGGGAUUUUAAAAUUGCUUGGCAUAAAUUUCCUCAUAAUGAGACAAUGUGUCAUGCACAGGAUCCGGACCCCUAGUUCUAAGGUCAAGGUCACACUUAAGAGGUUAAAGGCUAACAUGAUUCCUUUCUUGUCUGGUCCAUAACUCUGCCAUUUAUGAAGGGAUUUUAAAAUUACUUGGCAUUUUCACUACAUUUAGAUGACAUGACUUGUGCAAGACCCAGGCCCCUAGCUCCAAGGCCAAAGUUACACUUAGAAGUCAAUGGUUAACAGUGUCUGUUUUGUGUCCGGUCCAUAACUCUGCUAUUGAUGAAGGGAUUUUAAAAUUGCUUGGCAUAAAUUUCCUCAUAAUGAGACAAUGUGUCAUGCACAGGAUCCGGACCCCUAGUUCUAAGGUCAAGGUCACACUUAAGAGGUUAAAGGUUAACAUGAUUCCUUUCUUGUCCAGUCCAUAGCUCUGCCAUUAACGAAGGAUUUUAAAAUUACGUGGCAUAAAUGUUCCCUGUAUUAAGAUGACAUGUCAUCUGCAAGACCCAGACCUCUAGCUUCAAGGUCAAGGUCACACUUAGAAGUCAAAGGUGUUUCUUGUCUGGGUUAUAACUCUGUUAUUUAUCAAGGGAUUUGAAAAUAAUUUGACACAAAGUUAACAAUAUUGAGAAGGUGUGUCACACUUAUGACCGGGAUCUCCUAGGUCAAGGUCAGGGUCACUAAAUGAUGUGUGUUUUUCUCCGCAGAUAACUAUAGCAUUCAUGGGCACGCUUCGGGGGCAUUUAUCGCCUAUAGUGACAGGUCUUGUUUUAUGUUUUUACAGUGUUGUUGGUUGUCUGUUCUGUUUUCUGCCUGACGACUUACCAAUCAAGUAUGGACUGCCAGUUGUCAUAGUAGUGUUAUUAGUUACCAGUACUGGUAUUACUCUACAAGAAACUGAUAAGUAUGAAACUUAUAUGGAGGAUUUGAUGUUUUAAAAAUGAGUUGUUUGAUUAGCUCACCAGAGCCAAAGGCUCAUGGUGAGCUUUUGUGACCGCUCAAUGUCCAUCGUGCGGUGUACGUCAUCUGUCAACAAUUUCUACAAAAAUCUUCUUCUUCAAAACCACUGGGCAGAAUUACACCAAACUUCAUAGGAAUGGUCCUUGGGUGGCCUCCUUUCAAAAUUGUUCAAAGAAUUGAAUUCCAUACAGAACUCUGGUUGCCAUGGCUACCAAAAGGAAAAACUUAAAAAAUCUUCUUGUCCAAAAUCACAGGUAAUAGGGCUUUGAUAUUUGGUAUGUAGCAUCAUCUAGUGGUCCUCUACCAAGAUUGUUCAAAAUAUUCCCCUAGGGUCAAAUAUGACCCCACGCUGGGGGUCACAUGGUUUUCAUAGACUUAUAUAGGGAAAUUUUUGAAAAUCUUCUUGUCCAAAACCAGGCGUAGAGCCUCGAUAUUUGGCAUAUGACAUCAUCUAAUAGUCCUCUAUAUAGAUUGUUCAAAUUUAAUGCCCUGGGGUGAAAAGAGGCCCUGCCCCGGGGGUCCCAAGUUUUACAUAGACAUAUAGGAAAAAAAAAAUCUUCAGACAAUUGUCUGAAAUCACAAGACCUAGGCCUUUGAUAUUUGGUGUGUAGCAUUGCCUUGUGGUCCUCUACCAAAAUUAUUCAAAUUAUGCCCCUUGGAUGAAAAGAGGCCCUGCCCUGGGGGUCCCAAGUUUUACAUAGACAUAUAUUUUGCUAUUGGUAUCAAGGAUAUUGAAAUUUCAAGCCUCCCAAGCUGGCACUUUACUGGUGACCAUUCUUUUAUGUGUUUGAAUUUGUGAAAUGCAAUAUGUAGAACAUGUAUCUUUAAUUAUUAUUGUAUAAAAAUAUGUUCAUUUCUAUAAGUGUCAAUGUAGUUAAGUAGGUGUGUAUAUCAUAGCACUGUUACUAUAGUAUUUUUGUGGGUUUUCCCAUAUUAGGAGACCAUCUUAUUGGCUAGAAUGCAUGAGAUUUAAAAUGAAAUAAAUGUUGGUUAUAUAAAAAUAGCCUAUAUCACAAAGUAACUAUUUUGUAAUGAAUAUGAUUUCCUGUUGUGUGAUAUCUUUUUACUAUGAGGAAAGAUGUGAUGUAAAAUGAUUGUGAAAACACACAUGAUAUACAGUGUAUGUUGAGUAUGAGAACAGGAUGAUAUUGUUCUACCUGUGCACAAGCCCUUCCACGUGGACAUAAGGGCUCGUUUUCUAGCGUGUUAUAAAUCUGAAGGGAGCGAUCUCUACAGGCUGUACUUGAGUUUAUAGCUCUUCCAUAUGUAGAUGUCAGGGUAUAUUAUAGAAGUUUAAGAGGCCGGGUGGCUCAGUCAGGAGUAUAGAUCAUGUACUCAGUAGACAGAUGGCCCUUGGUUUGAGUCCAGGUCAGAUUGGACAUUUCUAUUUUGUGUCACAGUUUCUCAAGGUCAAGGUCACAACUUGGGGUGAAAGGUUUGAGCCUUCCAUUUUGUGUCCGCUCUAUAUCUCCUAAACCCCUUGAAGGAUUUUCAUCAAACUUGGGUCAAAUCAUCACCUCAUCAUGGUGAUUUGCAGAACUUAUGAGUCAGCCAUGCCGACUCAAGGUCAAGGUCACAACUGAAGGUCAAAGGUUUGAGCCUUCCAUUUCGUGUCCGCUCUAUAUCUCCUAAACCCCUUGAAGGAAUUUACAAAACUUGGGUCAAAUGAUCACCUUAUCAAAACGAUGUGCAGUACUUAAGAGUCAGCCAUGCCGGCUCAAGGUCAAGGUCACAACUUGGGGUCAAAAGUGAGCCUUCCAUUUUGUGUCCACUCUGUAUCUCCUAAACCCCUUGAAGGAUUUUCAUCAAACUUGGGUCAAAUGAUCACCUCAUCAAGAACUCAUGAGUCAGCCAUAUCAACUCAAGAUCAAGGUCACAACUGAAGGUCAAAGGUUUGAGCUCUGUAUCUCCUAAACCCCUUUAAGAAUUUUCAUGAAACUUUGGUCAAAUGAUCACCUCAUCAAGACAUUGUGAAGAAUUCAUGAGUCAACCUUCUUAGUUCAAGGUCAAGGUCACAGCUAAAGGUCAAAGGUUUACCCUUUCACUAUCAAUAGCAGUGACAGGAGAUUUAGCUGUCUUUGAGACUGCCUUGUAUAAUUAAUGUCAACAAGAGUAGAUCUAUUAAUAAAAAUGUGUAAGUUCAUAGUGUUCUUCUUGCGCAAUAUAGUCUUCUAAGUCAUGUAGGUAGUGUGAAGUCUAUAGGGUUUAUCCACACGAGUUCUCAGGGUGGGGUAAUUUCGGGAGCGAGGGAGAGACUACAAGUACCAACUGGCAUAGGCCAGGCCCAGGGCUACUUGUUGUAGGACUUUGUUGUUGUAGUAAUGUAGAGAUAAACCUUGCUCUUCGGUCUAUGCAUUAAUACUUUUACGUAGAUUUUGUAAAUAUAGUAUAUAAAUAGAUCUCUAUGAUGUAGAGCUUUGAGUUGACCUUUAGUAAGGGUCACCUUCACUUUGAGAGGAGAUUUGGUUGGCAAAGAAGACGCGGAAAUCCGGAUAUUUAUGCCCAUUAUAGAUGUUCUGCUUACAUCACCAACAUGAUGACGUAAAAAAAGAGCUCUGAAACGCCUUUCUGGCGUUUCCGUGGGUAUCAAACUUGAUUUUUUUUAAUUUCGUAAAGAAUUGAACAAAACCGGACAGGACUGAAGUAAAUAACCAAGAUGGCGUCUGACCUAGGUAGAGCAAUGUAGAGAUGAGAGUAUUUUAAAGAACAAAUAAGGGUCUAGGGGCCAAGUUUUUAAGGAAUACUCGGGCUAGUUGGGUAAGGAAGUUGAUAACCAAUUGAAACAGAAAGGGUUUAUUGUCGGCAGUCAUGGCUAAGCUGGGAAAACGAAGAGGGUGGGCUGGCACUGGUCUCCCAGUGAAAAUCUAAAACUUGGACAUUAAAUUAAAUGGUAAUUAACAUCAAGUUCUGACAAGGUGGGGUGCCUAACAGUAUAUGUUGAGUAUGAGGACAGGGUGAUAUAUUUGUUGAGUAUGAGAACAGGGUGAUGUAUGUUGAGUGUGAGAACAGGGUGAUAUAUGUUUAUUAAGAGAACAGGGUGAUAAAUGGUGAUUAUUAGAACAGGGUGAAAUAUGUUCAUUAUGUGAGAACAGGUAUGAUAUAUGUUGACCAUAAGAACAUGUGAUAUAUGUUGAUUAUGAGAAAACUAGUACAUGUAUAUUGAUAAUGAUACCACAUGUGAUUUAUAUUGAUUAUGAGCUAUUGAUUUUCAGAAAAUGUGAAAUGUAUUUUGAUUAUUAGAACAUGUGUAUCAUCUAUUGAUUAUAAGAAUGUGUGUGAUAUAUAUUGAUCAUAAGAACAUAGCAAUAUAUAUUGAUUAUGAGAAAAUUUGUUAUACACUAUUAUGUUUAUUAUGAAAACGCAUGUGAUAUAUGUUAAUUAUUAGAAUAUAUUGAUAUAUUUUGACUGUGAAACACCUGAACUUGCAAGAAAUAUUGCAUUAAAACCUGUGAUAAUUCUUAAAAGACUGAUGUUAUUUAAU